AAGAGGUGUGAGAAGAGGAGGCAACAAGGGUCUUAGGAGAAGUUUAUGGUUAAACCAUCAUCUUUCUUUCUGAUAUCAUAUGGAAAACCACCAAAACCACGACCCAGACCAAGACCUAGAGAAGCAACGCCAACAUCAAACCUGGGGCACGUGGGAGGAGCUCUUGCUCGCGUGCGCCGUCAAACGCCACGGCUUCAAGGACUGGGACACCGUCGCCAUGGAGGUCCAGUCCCGCACCACCCGCCCCCACCUCCUCGCCACCGCGCGCCACUGCGAGCAAAAAUUUCACGAUCUCAGCCGCCGAUUUGCAAACGAAUGCAACGAUGACGUUCCUCUGCCUAAGCAGAACGGCGCCGCCGCCGGCGAAAACUCCGAUCACGUCCCCUGGCUCGACGAAUUGAAGAAACUCCGCGUCGCGGAGCUCCGGCAGGAGGUCGAACGUCGUGACUUCUCCAUUCUUUCGUUGAAGUUAGAAGUAAAGAGGUUAGAGGAGGAGAAGGGGAAAGAGAAUGACGGAAAUGAAGACGAGAAACCAGAUCCGGCGGUUCCCGGCAAGCAGCGGCCAGAAAAGGACAAAAUCGGCGGAGAACAAGAAAAGACUGAACCGGCCAAUUCCGAACCGGAGAUGCGCCGGCUCGAUGAGAGCACCACUAACACUGAUAAGUUAUUACCAACAACGGGUGACGAAUCAGACCGGGAAAACCAGUCGGUUAACGAGUCAAACUCCACCGGUUCGAGGUUCGAUGUAGCGAAAACCGAGGGUGAGAUGAAGUUAGAACCUGGACCCACCCCGGUUCAUGCUGGUCCGAAAGAACCGGAUCCGUCCGGGCGGAAGCCAAAACCGGUUGGAGAAGAAUCGAAUAACGGAAGCUACGAUACCACAACUAAAAUUCCAACGUGCGAGUCGGUGCCUCCGAGUGAGGAGAGGAAAGUGGAGGAGGACUCGUCCUUGCAUGACUCGGUGACUCACUCGGGGGAGGGAGGAACGAGGGAGAGCAGCGAGGUGCAGAGCUCUGCCAGCUUGACAAGAAAGAGGAAGGCGCGGCGGAGAAAGGAGGUUUCCGGCGGCGAUGGUGGCGGCGAGGUUGCGCCAGAGAGCGACGAGAUGGCAAUGAAAUCAGAACCGUUGGUUAGCGUGUUGGAGUUGAUCGUACGACAUGAACACGGCUCAUUGUUCGAGCGCCGUCUCGAAAGCCAGGAAUCGGAUAGAUACAAAGACAUAGUGCGACAGCACGUGGACUUGGAAACCAUACAAUUUAGACUCCAAAAGGGUUACUAUUCCUCCUGCACUAACGCAUUCUUCCGCGACCUCCUACUUCUCUUCACCAACGCCACCGUGUUCUUCCCCCAAGACUCCGUCGAAUCACUAGCAGCACGGAAGCUGCACCGCCUUGUCACCGUGGAGAUUAAGAACCACGGCCAAGCGCAAUCUGAGCCUACCCCUCAGAAGACUGACUCACCCCCUCCAAACCCACAACCAGCCAAACCAGAUUCUCUCCUCUCCAAGCACAAAGCGACUCCUAUAUUGGUUUGCCGCAAACGCAGUUCAAUCUCAGCCAAACCUUCCUUGGCCACCUUUGGCCAAAAGGGUGACCAACCAAUCAUCAAUGAGAAGAAGGAAAAACCACUUUCUGAUGCAAAACCACACUUGAAACCCUCUUCUUCUGAUACAGACGAAGAGGAGCCUCCCAAGGCCAAGGAAAAGCCAGUCACUGGAGCGAGAAGCCUGAGGAGAAGCAACAAGAAUAUCAACAGCAACCCUGGCAAUAAGAAACUACCCUCUAACACCACUCAUAAAGCAGGGUCCUCGGCGAACAAGCCAGCCGAGACACUGAAACCGGAGAAGAGCAAAGGAGAGGGGGUCCCAGACAAGAAGAGGAAUGCCGCCGCAGAUUUCUUGAAACGGAUAAAGCGAAAUGCCCCAGUGGAGACGCUGAGGAGUGGUGGUGGAGGAGGAAGUAGUAGCAGCAGCAGGGGUGGUGGCAGCAGCAACAGGGGUGGUGGAGGUGGUGUUAGUGCGAAAGAGCAAAAGAAAAUGGUAAAUAGUGGAAAAGGGGAUAAAGGGAAAGAAAGGGCUUCAAGGCAUAACGGUGGAGGAGUGUCAGGAGAUAAAAGGAAUAAGAAUAUUGAGAGCAACUCUCAAUCGAAGAGGAGUGUUGGGAGACCUCCAAAGAAGGCCGCAGAGACCAAUGCAGUUGGUGCGAAGCGUGGGAGGGAAAGUAGUGUUAGUGCGGGCAAGGAUAAACGACCCAAGAAACGUUCUAAGAAAUGAUUCGCAAGUUUUUUUUUAGGUCCUUUUUUUUUUCAUGUAUAUUAUUAUUGUCAAAGCAUGUUUCUAUAAUUUUAUGCUGCUAAUUUAUUGAUCAGCUGUAGCCUGUAGUCAGUUCUGGGGUAAAUGUAAUAGUGUUUUUUAUAUGGGCUAAACCUUGUAACAACCUUGUCCUUUUGUGGACUGCCUUUCUUGAUUUUUGUUUAAACAGGAAAGCAUA